UUAUCCCUUUGCUGUUCACUAUCAAUCUACUGAUAUCUUGCUGUUGAAUUGAUGAAAUAUCAAAUAUCAAAGCUUAUAAAUGAGUUAUUUAGACUCGUUGUGAAUGACGAUUUUUGUGUCAAGUUUCAUAUCGUGGACAAUCAGUGCGCGUUUUUCUCUUGCCUCGACAACCUGUUAUCUGCGAGGUGGUCGCGUCAAAUAUUGAUUAUUUCGUGAAAGCCGGCUGCGGCCGACGCCGCUGAGAUCGGUGGGUUCUCUUUUAGACGUUGGUUGCAUAUUUCGGAAAAAAUAAAAGCUGUAAAAAACGAUUCGUUCGCCGUACCAUCUUGAGGUCAAUGACCUCUUCACAAGGGAAUCCGUCUUGAGUUUCUUUUUCCACGGAUCUUAACCUUUAGCUAUGGUAUGGCAGGAUCUAGCUUUGUUUCCAGCAAAGAUAGAAAUCAUGAAUACAGCGGCUAUGGAGAUGAACCUCGACGUAAGAGGGAGGACAAUAAUAAACCGAAUCACGUGCUUUUGUUCACAAUUAUCAACCCCGUUUACCCCAUCACAGUGGAGGUAUUACACACAAUUAGUACAUCUAGCGGACAAGUUCAACGCAUCGUUAUCUUCAAGAAAAAUGGCGUCCAGGCCAUGGUUGAGUUCGAUUCAGUGGAGUCAGCGACGAGAGCGAAAGAAACACUUCAUGGGGCCGACAUAUAUUCAGGAUGCUGUACACUGAAAAUUGACUUCGCUAAGCCAACAAAAUUGAAUGUCUACAAAAAUGAUACCGAGAGUUGGGACUACACGACGCCAGCAUUGGGAUCAAGCACGCAUAAAAAUGACGCAACGGGAAAUGGAAGACCAGCUCCUCUUUUAGCAGAGCCUAGGUAUGGAGCAGCACCACAACCAUAUGGUUUACGUGUUCCAGGGUCUACGCCACAAGUUACGUUUCCCCCAGGCGCAGGACAUGAUCGUUAUGAAGAGACUUUCAAUGGUCCAACGACAUACGCGGAACCAUACGUUGAACGAUAUGGACUUAAAAGUGAUUUUGGUAGUCGAGAACCAUUACAUCCCACACCACCUCGGCCGGGUUAUGUGCCAACUUUGGGCCAAACACCACCAACAAGUACACAAGGUUCCGUAAUGAUGGUUUACGGAUUACAACCCGACAAAGUUAACACCGACAAACUUUUCAAUCUUUUCUGUCUCUAUGGAAAUGUCACAAAGGUGAAAUUCUUAAAAACAAAGGAAGGUUGCGCGAUGAUCCAAAUGGGAGACAGCAUAGCUGUUGAAAGAUGUCUGCAGAAUCUGAACAAUGUCACAAUUGGUACAGAUGGCAAACUUCAACUAGGAUUCUCGAAGCAAGCUUUCCUUUCGGACGUCACAAACCCUUAUAUUUUACCAGACAAGACAGCCAGUUUCAAGGACUUCACAGGCAGCAAGAACAACAGGUUUUUGAAUCCAGCGAUGGCCAAUAAAAAUAGAAUACAACCACCAUCGAAGAUUGUUCAUUUCUUCAAUACACCACCUGAUCUAAAUGAAGAGACUGUAAAUCGUGUCUUUGUGGAACGAGGCAUAGAAGCACCGACAACAGUCAAGCUAUUUCCUCUAAAAUCUGAACGGUCGUCGUCCGGUCUUAUUGAAUUCAGUAGUGUCGGUGUUGCGGUAGCUGCCAUAAUGGAGUGCAAUCACACCGCCCUCGAGAAUAGCAAUGGUAAAUUCCCCUACAUAAUGAAACUUUGUUUCUCAUCGUCGCGCACCAUACCGACGAGUUUUCCACCAAGCAGUGGAAGUGCGUCAAGUAAUUCCGCCGGAAAUGGCCACGCCAAAAUGCAGCAAGACUCGGAAUAGAACGGCGAGGCCCAGGGCCAGCGUCAGCGUCAACGCCAGCGCCCCUCUCUCGCCCUGCACCAGCUCUGUGCCCCGACGAGUAGCACGGCCCUGCAUCAAGCCACGGCGAUUACGCUGUCCCCGGUUAUGCCUCCCGUGCCUCCACCACUUCCUCCCACGUGUCUCUUGAUUGCAACUCCAACUCUCUAUCCAACGGUGCAACCGCCACCACCCCCGCCUCUUCCAACAUUUUGGCACUAUUAGAAAUAAUUUCAAAAUUCUCUCUCCCCAAAAACAAAAAAAAAAAAAAAUAACAAGUUCCCAUAUUUUUUAAUUCAAGUCAAAAAGAAAAUGGAAAUCUACUGGACCAAGCUGAAAUCCCCUGACGAUUUGGACAAGGAUGAUUCCCAGCUUCAAAACAAAAUGAUAAGUCAAGAUUUUGCUUUUUUUCUCUAUUUCUGGGGACAAUUUACAAAAAAAACCAAUAUUCCCAAUGAAUGACUUUUACCAAUAUGACAAUGAAAGCUACGUUUGUAAAAUUGAGUAAAAAUCCACAUUUUUCUCCUGUUUCAAAUAUAUAAAUCUUUGUACAAAGUAUCAUUAUUGACAAUUU